CAAAAUUCAAAACAAGAUUCGCGGCAUGAAAAAACUUGGACAGAUCAAUGUUUGAAGCAAAUGAGCAUUUUUUGUUUUACUUAAUUAGAACUAAACUAACCAAAUUUGGUUAACAAAAUGCAGGACGAGUCAACACUAUCUUUCAAUUAUAACCAGACAUUACAAGUUUCAGAUUCCAUCUUUGAAAAAUCCGUAAAUGAUUCAGCAUUUGAAACUAAUUUAAAAACAAGACAAAAAGGUGAAACUAAUUUAGAUGACACAAUGAAAAGUGAGAUGCCAGCAAAAAAUAGUCUUAGUAAAGUAACUGUUAGAGAACAAGAUGAGUUGAUCAGAGAAUUAAAAAAAGAAUGCUUUGGUUUGAAAAUGAGAAUUUUUUAUAUGGAGGAACGACUUCAUAAUACAUUUGAUACCUCAACUGGUGAUAUGAUUAAAAAGAAUGUUGAACUUAAAGUUAUGAUAGAGGAGCUUAAACAAGAAAAUAGUGUAAAAACGGAUCUGCUUGCUAAAGCUUCAUUAGCAAUGGAACAAUUAACAGCUGCUAAAAUGCAUGACGAGAAAAAUGAAUCUUUGCAAGUUAUUUUAGCUAAAAAAAUUAAGAAAAUAGAAAGCCUCAAGAAACAAUGUAGCAUAACCAAAGAAAAACUUAAUAUUGCUCAAAGUAAGUUAGAAGAAAAAGAAAGCAAGGAGGAAAAACUUCAAAAAGCAUUAGAUGAUAUUUCAGAUGGAUUUGAGGCAUUAAAGACUCGAAAGCAUGAAGAUGAAGAAGUGCUUAAGUCAAUGAUAAAAGAACUGGAAGAAACUAUUGCAGAUAAAGAAAAUACCAUUGAUAGUCUUAAGAUGAAAACGGCUCUCCUUGAAAAGGACAACACAAUGUUUCGGACAACAUUAAGUAAAAUUGAAAUUGAGAAAGAGAAAUCCGCUGAAGUUUUUCAAGAGCAGAUAAAACAAUUAUCAGCAAGUCUAAAUGAAAAAAGCAAAGAGAGUAAAUUAUUGGAAAUUGAGCUCAAUAUUAAAGAAGAUACCCUUAAGAAUGCAAAGGAAGAACUUUAUCAAGCAAACAGUCAUGCAAACUAUGAUUUAAAUAAAUUUAAUACACAACUGUUACAAAAUGAAAAAGAAAUUGAAAAACUGAAGUUACUGCUUGAAGCAAAAGACAAAGACUUUGUGAUUGUUAGUAAACAACUUCAAGUAAAUGAAGAUGAAAUCAAGACACUUCAUUUGCAGCUACAAAGUAAAGAUAAAGAUUUAUUGAUUGUUAGUAAACAACUUCAAGUAAAUGAAGAUGAAAUCAAGACGCUUCAUCUGCAGCUACAAAGUAAAGAUAAAGAUUUAGUGUUUUUAGCCAACAGCAAGUUAGAACUUCAACGUUUGCUUGAUGAGUAUGAUCAAAGGUUUAUAGAAGAACAAAUGAAGCGUGAUGAGCAGCUUGCAGAGGAAGUUGCAAGAUUGAAAGUCAACAAAACAAAAGCAGAUUUAUCAAGACAGUUAAAAAUUGCUGAACUGGAAUCACUGUGUCAAAAACUCGAAAGAGAAAAGGUUCAUUUUGAACUUAAUUAUCAAAAAUUAAAAAAAGAUUUUGAAACUUUCCAAGAACUUUCAAAUAUAGAAAAGAAUCAAUUAGUUCUGGAAUGGGAAAGUAAACUCAAGCAAGAAAAAGAUUUUCAAAAGCAAAAACACAAUGAAGAUCAAAAGAAAAGCGAAGAAUGGCUUGCUGAAGAAAUAUCAAAAUUUAAAGUUAGUAAAGCAAAAACAGAAAUAUCAAGACAAUUAAAAAUUGCAGAACUAGAGUCGUUGUGUCAAAAGCUUGACAAAGAAAAGGUUCAAGUUGAGCUCAGUUAUCAAAAUAUGAAAGAAGAACUAAAAAAAGUUCAAGAAUUGUCUACUAAAGAAAAGAAACAACUUGAAGAAGAAUGGGAAAAAAAACUGAAACAAGAGAAAGAUUUACAUAUGAACCUUCAAGAAUGUAUCAAAGACCUAACUGAAAAGAUUAACAUUAAUGAACAAGAAAUUAAAAAUCUUCAUGAGCUUCAGAAGUGUAAUAUAGAAGAGAAAAAAAAGUUAAUUGGUAUUAAUCAGCAUUUUGUAACUGCUGAAGAUCAAUUAAAGAAAGUGAAUAGCCAACUUGUUGCAAUGAAAAAGAAAUAUGAAAAAGCAGAAGAAAGUUUUAAAGAAAAAUUAAAAGAAAAAGAAAUAUUGAUAAGUGAAUUGCAAAAGAAGAACUCAGUGGCUAGCCUAAGUGGUCCUUUGAUUGAAAAACUUGAAUCUUUAUUCAAUAUAACUGAAGAAGAGAAACAAAAAUAUAUGCAGCUCAACCUAAAAAUAAUGAAUAAUAGACAUCCAGAAAGCCAGUUGAAUUUGUUAGAACAUGAAUUAUCUGAAGUUGAAUUUAUGCGUAAAAAACUCCUUGAACAUUUUCGUGCUCUUUUACAUGAAUAUCCCUUGAAAAAUACCCAGCAAGAUACAGAUUUUUUGCAGUCAUUUGAAGGUUCUAUUAAUGACUUUAAUCAUCAUUCUACAAUUAAAACAAGCCAUCGUGAGCAAAUCCUUGAAGCAUUUUUAUUAAACAAAGAGAAUGAGCUUGAUGAAAAAAAGAACAGGAUUAAUAUGCUAGAAAAUGAAAAAAGUAUCUUAGCCUGUGAACUUGAUGAACUAAGGGAACAGAAAACAGAAGAAAUUAGUUUAAACCAAUUAAAAGAAAAUAACGAAAAGUCGCAAACAUUGAUCAAUGAGUUAAAAAAUCAACUCUCUGUUGAUCAGACAAAUUCUCAUGAAGAAAAAGACCGCCUGAAAAAUGAUGUUAAAGAAUUAUGCAACAUUAACAAAAGAUUAAGGAAGAAAAUAAAAGACCUUUCACAAAAAUAUCAAAAGAUAGUUGAUGAAAAUCAUAGAUUACUUGAGGUUCAGAAUAAAGCUGAACAGCAGAUUCAAAUGCUUAAUGAUAAACUUGCAACUGAACUAUCAUGUAAUAAAAAGCUUGAAAAUGAACUUCAUAUAGUGAAAAAUGAGUUUAAUUUUUGUUCAGAACAUUUGCGUAGCUAUGAAAACUUAAACAAACAUUUGCAGCAGCAGCUAGACGAUCAAAAGAAAGCCUACGAAAUACAGUUGAAAGUUUUAGCUUCUGACCUUUUGCAACUACAAACUAAUAAAACAAAUGAUUCUGUACAGCUAAAUACAUCAACUGUUAUUGGUUUUGAAUUUAUAAUCAAUGAAUUAAAAGCUAAAAUAUUGGAAAGCAAACAUGAAAUUGAUUCUCUUUCAAAAGAAUUAGAAAAUUUAAAAAAAAUAAACUUGCAAAAUGUUAAUGAUCUUGAGCAAUCAAAGACCACAAUUAUAGCUUUAAACUCAGAAAUAUUUUCUUUAAAAGCAGAUCUUUCAAAGAAAACUAUAAAUUAUGACAUUUUACGUUUGCAAGAAGAAGUAAAACAUUUUAAGGAGUCUAAUCAAACUUUAGAAUUACAAAAUAAUUUUGAAGCUCAAAAAAUCACCAAUGAAAAUUCAGAAAGUGAAAAAGAUACAGUAUUGAAUAAUUUGGGAAGUCAGAUAGAUUCAUUUUCUCCUGUACACACAAGCUCUAAGCACUCUCUUUCUCCAUUGAAUCAUCAAUUUUCCCAAACUGUUGACAAAAGUAUAUUAAUGCCAAUAGAUAACACUAUUGCUCUUCAUAUUGAGGAGAUGCGGAAACUUCAGAGACACUUGCAGUUUGCUAUUCAAAACAACGAUGUUUUAAAGAAUAAACUUGAAGAUCGAUUGUAUUUAAUAGAAAAAGAAGCAAGUUCUUUAAAUGAUCCUCAUCUUAGAGUAACAUUGUUUAGAGAGAAUGAUGGCAUGCGUGCAAAGAUUCAAGAGCUUGACCAACAAUGUCAACAAUUGAAGCGAGAAAUAAAUAUGUUGCAGGUAGAGAGAGAAAAUAUCAAGGCAGAAAAUAAACGAUUGCAUGCUCAAAUCCAUGAUCUAAAUCAACUUGCUUUCACUUUAAAAAGUGAAAUGCAGGUACAUGAUCAUCUUGUGCAGAAAGCAGAUAAAAUCACUAAGACAACAGAUAUAGAUAAAGAGCUCAUGGUAGGUUUGCUUGGAGAUAUUAAAGAUUUAAAGGAAAAACUUAAGCAUGCCGUUACUGUUGAUAAUCAAUUGCGUAAUAAACUUCAGGAAAAAUUAGAAAGACUUCCCUCAGCUGCUUCAUUUGAUGAAACAGAGCCAUCUACUCGUCGUGCAUUAUUUUGUAGCAAAGAUUGGCUAGUAACAAAUAAGUUAGAUCGAGAUUUUGCUUUGUUAAAUGAAACUCCUACUAAAGAUAAUGAUGUUUCAGUGCAAUAUCCAUCAUCCAAUGAUAACAGCAUGGUUAGUGAUGCAUUAAGUCGCGAAAAGUUACUAAAGAGACAUGUAAAUGAUCUUCUGACUUUGUCUAUAAAUAUUGAAAUAAAACUUACAGUAACAGAUGAAAAAAGGGCUAUAGAAAUCAGAAAGAACAUUAUGGAGAUAAAUGCCACACCUAAAGAAGUUGCACAAAUUUUGCUUGUUUUUAAAAAAUCCAACCAAAGCAGGACUUUAACAAACAAAGAUAGCUUAGAGAUAACAUCCUUAAAGAAUGAGUUAAGAAGAUUGAAGAAAAUUUUAUGUUCAAAGGAGAAAUUCAUUACAAAAACAUUAAAUAUGAUUGAGAAUAAUAUUCUAUGGAAAGAAACGAUGAAUCAAUCACUUAUGAAAAAACUAAUUAAGGCUCGUGACAUGCUGAAGACAACAAAUAACAAUCUAAAGAUAAAAGCAUCAUCAAGAGAACAUUCUUCUAGUAGCUUGACAUCUCCUAUAACAGAAACCCAUACAAAUAAUAUUUUUUAAUUUUUUUUUUACUUGUGUGAAUAUUUAUGUGCGCUGAACAAAUAUAUAUAUAUAUAUAU